AUGAAUUAUCCAACGGUAAAGGAAAAUGACAGAGACGAAGGUACUGAUUCAGAAAAUUCCUUCCUCACUGCUUCUUCUGAAAUAUUGGCGGAAGCAGUAAGCAGCCUGGACGAUAACACUCAGAUGAAAUACCCAGCUUUCUUGGAAGAAAUAUUGGCGGAAGCAGUAAGCAGCCUGGAAGAUAACACUCAGAUGAAAUACCCAGCUUUCUUGGAAGGUGAGAGUGAAUCCGGCCCAGCAAAGGGUUGUGAGACAAUGAAUUAUCCAACGGUAAAGGAAAAUGACAGAGACGAAGGUACUGAUUCAGAAAAUUCCUUCCACACUGGUGGUUUAGAAAUAUUGGCGGAAGCAGUAAGCAGCCUGGAAGAUAACACUCAGAUGAAAUACCCAGCUUUCUUGGAAGAAUCCGGCCCAGCAAAGGGUUGUGAGACAAUGAAUUAUCCAACGGUAAAGGAAAAUGACAGAGACGAAGGUACUGAUUCAGAAAAUUCCUUCCACACUGGUGGUUUAGAAAUAUUGGCGGAAGCAGUAAGCAGCCUGGAAGAUAACACUCAGAUGAAAUACCCAGCUUUCUUGGAAGGUGAGAGUGAAUCCGGCCCAGCAAAGGGUUGUGAGACAAUGAAUUAUCCAACGGUAAAGGAAAAUGACAGAGACGAAGGUACUGAUUCAGAAAAUUCCUUCCACACUGGUGGUUUAGAAAUAUUGGCGGAAGCAGUAAGCAGCCUGGAAGAUAACACUCAGAUGAAAUACCCAGCUUUCUUGGAAGGUGAGAGUGAAUCCGGCCCAGCAAAGGGUUGUGAGACAAUGAAUUAUCCAACGGUAAAGGAAAAUGACAGAGACGAAGGUACUGAUUCAGAAAAUUCCUUCCACACUGGUGGUUUAGGAUAUCUUGGUGAUCCAAGAAGAAAUGUCAGGAUGCUUGAUAUUCAUUUGAUGACUGCACAGAAGGAGGCCACACCUAAGCACGCAGCCCGCUACUUGGUUCGUAUUUUGUUCUCCAAGGAAAUCAUGAUUUCCAGCUCUGUAGCUGUCAAUUCCCAAGGCCGCCAACCCCUGGAUCCAAACAAAAUGGCUGCAAUAAGAGAACAUCUGGCAGCAAUUUUUCCCAACCAUGAUUUACGUGAAUGUGGAAAAGACUGGCAAGCCUGUAUUUCCGAUAUCAAUUCUCUGAUCUGCCAUUUAUGUUCCAAAAGAACACCCAUUCUGGUUGAAUUUGCCGUGAGUGGGGCCCCAGCACAGCUUUAA